UUCAGAACUAAGGAGGCCCUACUGUGCAGCUCAUUUCAUAUGAAUCUUUUAGUUUGUGAUGGGAACUAUGGACACAUCAGAAGAAAGCGAUUAAAUAUGUGCAAUGACUCUCUCACUACUCCUGUUUUUUCUCUCUCUCAUCCAUGAAACUAUUCAGCAGCUGGAUAGUGGAAUAUUUUUAAUAUAUAAUGAAGACCACAAGCGCUGUGUACAAGCUCACAGUUCUAGCUCAGUCAGAACUGCCAUUUGCAACCAGGACAAUGAGUCACAAAAAUUCAGGUGGGUCUCUGAUCACCAGCUUUUGAGUGUGGCAUUGAAGCUAUGUUUGGGAGUGCCUUCAAAGAAAGACCAGGUUGCAAUCACUCUGAAUCCUUGCAACAAGACAAGUGAACUUCAACAGUGGGGGUGCAGAAAUGAAACCCUGUUUUCACUUGAAGGAGAAGAUUUAUUUUUUCAUUCUGGCAACCGAGAAGAAGAAAAUAUCAUACUAUCCAAGGGAGCAAGUGUAAAGAGCAAAUGGAAGAUCUAUGGAACCACAGAUGAUUUGUGCUUCUGGGGCUAUGAAGAUAUCUUUACAUUGCUAGGAAAUGCAAAUGGGGCACCCUGCGUAUUACCUUUCAAGUUUAAUAGCAAAUGGUACAGUGAGUGUACAGAUGCUGGCCGGACAGAUGGCUGGCUCUGGUGUGGUACAACCGCAGACUUUGAUGCAGACCAAUUAUAUGGAUUUUGCCCAUUAAAAUGUAAAGACACCAUUAGAUUUUGGAAGACAGAUCCUUCAACAGGCACCCACUACCAGAUAAACUCCCAAUCAGCUCUAACAUGGCACCAAGCAAGGAAAAGCUGCCAGCAGCAGAAUGCAGAAUUAUUAAGUAUCACACAAAUGCAUGAGCAAAUGUAUCUAAGAGGGUUAACUGAAAGUAUGGGUUCUGCUCUCUGGACUGGACUUAACAGGCUGGAUUUAAAGAGUGGAUGGCAAUGGAUUGGAGGCAGUCCUUUCAGAUAUUUGAACUGGGCGCCAGGAAGUCCCUCUCCAGAGUCUGGAAAAAUCUGUGCAGCUUUAAAUCCUGGAAGAAAUGCUAAAUGGGAAAACUGGGAAUGUGAUCGGAAACUUGGCUACAUUUGUAAAAGGGGAACCACCAGUUUAGAUUCUUUCACUCUCCCCUCGGAUGAUUUGGGUCCUAUUAAAUGCCCAGAUGGAUGGAUGUCAUACGCAGGUCACUGUUACAUGAUUCACAGGGAGCCCAAAAUAUGGAAAGAAGCCUUGACUUCUUGUCGAAAGGAGGAUGGUGAUCUGGCCAGUAUCCACAACAUUGAAGACCACAGCUUUAUAGUGUCUCAGCUUGGGUUCAAGCCAACAGAUGAGCUGUGGAUUGGACUGAAUGACUUUAAGGUUCAAAUGUUUUUUGAAUGGAGUGAUGGGACUCCUGUGACAUACACCAAAUGGCAACGCGGAGAACCAACCAGAACAAACAGGCAAGAAGACUGUGUAGCUGUGAAGGGCCAGGAUGGCUACUGGGCAGAUCAUCUUUGUGAAAAGAAAGUUGGUUACAUCUGUAAAAGGAAACCGUUGUCACAAGUAUCUCAGGAAAUGGAAAGCACAGAUGCAGGCUGCCAGAAAGGCUGGAAAAGAUAUGGCACAUACUGUUAUUCUAUUGGACAAAUACCCAGAACAUUUUCAGAAGCAAAUAAAAUAUGUGAAAGGAAUCAGAGUUACCUAGCUUCAAUUGAAAAUAGGUAUGAACAAGCUUACCUGAUUAGUUUGGUUGGGCUGAGGCCCGAACAAUAUUUCUGGAUAGGUCUUUCAGAUGUAGAGGAACAAGGGACUUUCAAGUGGACCAAUGGUGAAGCAGUUCUGUUUACUCACUGGAAUUCAGCAAUGCCUGGAAGAAAGCCAGGCUGUGUUGCUAUGAGAACCGGAACUGCAGCUGGAUUAUGGGAUGUUCUUAAUUGUGAGAUGGUGGAAACAUUUCUCUGUAAACAAUGGGCUGAGGGAGCAACACCACCUACUGUUUCUCCAACAACUCCUUCUCCCACAUGCCCACAGGGUUGGGAAUCAAGCGCUUAUAGUAGUUUAUGCUUCAAAUGUUUUUGUAAGAAUACACAACAACAAAAGAAAACAUGGUUUGAAGCUCGAGAUUUUUGCAGAGAAAUAGGAGGAGAUCUGACUACCAUCCAGAGUAAGGAGGAAAAUCGUAUAAUAAAAACUGCAAUAAAAAAAGGUGGAUCCUUAUAUAGUACUUAUUGGAUUGGUAUAUUUUCCUUGAAUACUGACGAAGGAUUUGCAUGGAGUGAUGGCUCUCCGGUAAGGUACACAGACUGGGGAGAGAGAUUAAGAAACCAGAAAGGAGACAAAGAUUGUGGAGUGGUCCAAGGAUACAGUUUUUCCUUAUAUUGGGGGAAAGCAUCUUGCGAAAUGCUGCAUGACUGGAUUUGUCAGAUAAAAAAAGGAGUAUCAUUAAAAUCAGAACCAAUUAGCAAGUAUGAAUAUCAGACCACUAAAGAUGGAUGGAUUAUAUAUGAAGACAAACAGUAUUUUUUCAGCAGAAAUGAGGUGCCUAUGGAAAAAGCCCGAGAGUUCUGCCAGAAGAAUUUUGCGGAUCUUGCUGUAAUUGAGAGUGAAAGUGAAAGAAAGUUUCUAUGGAAAACUGGUAUCUUUCCGCAUAAGACCAGAUCAUAUUUCAUUGGUUUAACAGUGAGUCUUGAUAAAAGGUUUAGCUGGCUGGAUGGAACCCCAGUGAAUUACGUAGCCUGGGCUCCCAAUGAACCUAAUUUUGCAAAUAAUGAUGAAAAUUGUGUGAUCAUGAUAUCAACUGUAGGUUUGUGGAAUGAUGUAAAUUGUGGCUAUCCAAGUGGUUUUAUCUGUGAAAGGCACAACAGUACCAUCAACUCAACAUUUGCUCCUGCACCUCUAGGAGGCUGUCCAGAAACUUGGCUUUUGUUUAACAAUAAGUGUUUCAAAAUAUUUGGCUCAAGUGAAAACGAGACAUUGACGUGGCAUGCGGCACGAAUGGCUUGUAUAAAUUUAGGAGGAAACCUGGCUUCCAUACCAAAUAAAGAAGUCCAAGCCUUCCUCUUCUACCAUUUAAGGGAAGUCAUGAGUGAUCCAUGGAUUGGAUUGAAUGAUAUAAAUAGUGACCUAUCAUUUCUUUGGACGGAUGGAAGUGGUGUCUCUUAUAUAAACUGGGCCAAUGGUGCACCUACGUACAGACGCACAUACUCUUAUUUUCAUUAUGGUGGUGGUGAUGAUGCCGAUGACUAUGAGGAGAGAGACUGUGUCAUUAUGACAAAGGAAGAAGGGAAAUGGAAAGAUGAAGACUGUGAAAAUGACAAAAGCUAUAUAUGCCAAAUGAAUUUAAACCCUAAAUUACUUCAUUCCCCAACAACAAUUCCAGCCUCUGGCUUUAUCCGUUAUGGUGACAGUAGCUAUGCAGUCAUCCAUUCCAAAAUGAAAUGGGAAGUGGCAAGAAAAAAUUGCAAGGACAGAUCUUCAGAACUUGCUAGUAUUUUAGAUAUCCACAGCCAUUCAUUCCUAUGGCUACAGAUGUUAAAGUAUGGAGAGCGUGUAUGGAUUGGUCUUAACAGCAAUGUGACAGAUGGCCAUUAUAAAUGGGUUGAUAACUGGAUAAUCCAAUAUACUAAAUGGGCAACAAGAGAACCAAAAGAAAAAAUAGCCUGUGUCUAUCUAGACCUUGAUGGAACCUGGAAGACAGCAUCUUGUAAUGAAAGCUACUUCUCCGUCUGUAAACAGUCAGAUGUCGUGGCCCCUCCUGAUCCUCCACAGCUGCCUGGAAAUUGCCCUGAAUCAAAAGAACUCAGAUCUUGGAUUCCUUUCCAUGGUCACUGCUACUACAUUGAAUCAUCAGCCAUGAAAAGCUGGGCCCAAGCUUCCCUGGAAUGUAUUCGAUUAGAUGCUACUUUGGUUUCAGUAGAAGAUUUGGCUGAAUCCAACUUUCUGACACACAGGAUACAGGCUCUUGAAAGCAAAACACAAGGUUUUUGGACAGGAAUGUACAGAAAUGUGGAUGACCAAUGGUUGUGGCUAGACAACACCAUAGUGGAUUUUGUCAACUGGAAUGUAAAAAUGCCCACUGAGAGAGAGCACUGUGUUGAAAUAUCUGCACCAUCUGGGUAUUGGAAUAAUAUUCUGUGCUCUUCCGAAAAAGGAUUUAUUUGUAAAAAACCAAAGAUUCUUGAAGUUCAGCCAACCGAGAAGCCUCCAGAUAAGAAAGAAGACGAAGAGGCUAUUGCACCUGCUCACCUCACAGCUUGGAUACUAGUUAUUCUGGCUACUCUUAUUCUUAUUGGAGCUGGCCUUGCAGGCUGUUUCUUCUACAAGAAAAAGAGACAAAACCAACUACAAGGAGAUGAUCAAGGCGCAGAGACACUUUUAAAAUGCAGCGAUGCUGUUUCAAGAACUAGUGAUACAAAGCAUUCUGUGCCAAGUAUUGAGUAGAAUGAACAGGUUAUCCUGUAGUGUAAUAAAAUUUGUGCCUGAUUUUGGUAAAAUUAGCCAACUAGAAUAUAAGAAAUCUUAAAUCAAAGCUUAUUUCUCUUGUUUAAAUAGUAGCCUUUGUUUAGUACUGUCUGUAUUUUUAUACAUGUACUUAGCAGAAGCAUUUACUCCUAUUAUAGUCUUGUAGCAUUCAAGAUCUCAUAUAAAAGUAGGUUUUGGCGAAAGGAAUGGGAAGGGCUAUUCAAAUGGGACAAUGGAUAUACUUAAAAUUACUAAAAUGGAGCAAACCAGUGUGAACAAAUAUUCAAGAAACUAUGGUUUCUAGUCAGAACUGGAUUGCCGUGAGAUAUAAUGAAUGGUCAGUUUAUGCAACUAUUGUGUUUGUGGAAACUGCAAAGAACUCAACAAAACAUUUGUCUAAUUCUGUUGAAAUCCUGAAAAUAAUCCCGAAAACUUCACUCCAGCAGUCAAGCUCUUUUUUUAUUGAUGGGACUGUACUUUGCUUAAGUCUUAAAAAGAAACAAUGUUGUAUAUUAUCACUUUUUAGAUAACUUCUGAAGACAUAAGUAGUCUGCUGUUUUCACUUUGUUAUGUAUAAACAGUGAAACCUGUCAGAAAUCUCUCAAAAGGUUUUGUAGUCUGUGCUUGUAAAUCUUGUAGCAUAUUAAAUGAUAUGAAUUAAAAUGUUCUCACCCAGUUAUGAAUGGGCUGAAGCAGAA